ACUUAUCGAAGACUUUUCCUUGACGAUGUUCUUGUCGUGUUGGCCUGGGCGAUGAUGCUGGCAACGACGGUGAUGUGGCAGGUCGAGGGGCCCGUCUUGUAUCAGUACUCGCCCGUGUUCAGUGGCGAGACACUCCCGACCCUAGAGUUCCUAGAUGCUUAUACGCAGCUGCAAGGAUACAUGGUUGCCUGGCUCGUCUUGUUCUACUCCGGACUGUGGUUGGUGAAACUGUCUUUGUUGACCUUCUUCUACACUCUCGGGACCAAGAUCCGGAGCCACCGUGUGUGGUGGUGGAUCGUCUUUGGCAUCACAAUAGCGUCGUGGAUUAUUUGCAUCGGAAUUAUCGAUUAUCGCUGCACCAUCAACAGCACCGCCUACAUCAUGGCACACUGUGGCUCCAUCGAACAUGUGCAUCAUGACAAUCAGAUCAUCUAUGGCAGCUGCGCCGGCGAUAUCUUGACGGAUACCCUCAUCCUGUCCGUUCCGAUCUUCGUCCUCUGGAACUCACAGCUUUCGCUGCGCCAGAAGAUGGUCUUGUUCGCCUUCUUUUUUGUGACGGUGGUCAUUAUGGCGGUCGCCAUUGUGCGAGUGGCUGUGGGCAUCGACUACGCACAGACGAUGGACAUCUCGUGGGUCUACUUCUGGUCCUCCAUCGAGAUGGGAACGGCGGUGAUGGUUGCCUGCGCCGCAUCUUUUCGGCAGCUCUAUAUCACGCGCAACCGACAUUUCUUUGGUAAA